AUGGGCGCCAUGAUGGCCUCCAUAACCAGCGAGCUCCUCUUCUUCCUUCCCUUCAUCCUGCUGGCCCUCCUGGCCCUGUACACCACCACCGUCGCCAAAUGCGACAGCACCCACCAGUGGCGCCGGCCGAAGAAGAAGCGGCCGAACCUGCCCCCGGGCGCCCUCGGAUGGCCUUUCGUCGGCGAGACUUUCGGCUACCUCCGCGCCCACCCGGCCACCUCCGUGGGCCGCUUCAUGGAGCAGCAUGUAGCACGGUACGGCAAGAUAUACCGGUCGAGCCUGUUCGGGGAGCGGACGGUGGUGUCGGCGGACGCGGGGCUCAACCGCUACAUCCUGCAGAACGAGGGGCGUCUGUUCGAGUGCAGCUACCCGCGCAGCAUCGGCGGCAUCCUGGGCAAGUGGUCCAUGCUGGUGCUGGUGGGCGACGCGCACCGCGAGAUGCGCGCCAUCUCGCUCAACUUCCUCAGCUCCGUCCGCCUCCGCGCCGUGCUGCUCCCGGAGGUGGAGCGCCACACCCUGCUGGUGCUCCGCUCAUGGCCGCCCUCCGACGGCACCUUCUCCGCGCAGCACCAAGCCAAGAAGUUCACGUUUAAUCUGAUGGCGAAGAACAUAAUGAGCAUGGACCCCGGCGAGGAGGAGACGGAGCGGCUGCGGCUGGAGUACAUCACCUUCAUGAAGGGCGUCGUGUCAGCGCCGCUCAACUUCCCGGGCACGGCCUACUGGAAGGCGCUCAAGUCACGCGCGUCAAUACUUGGAGUAAUAGAGAGGAAGAUGGAGGACAGGCUUGAGAAAAUGAGCAAGGAGAACUCGAGUGUGGAGGAAGAUGAUCUUCUUGGAUGGGCCCUGAAGCAGUCCAAUCUGUCAAAGGAACAGAUCCUGGACCUCUUGCUGAGCCUGCUCUUCGCGGGGCACGAGACUUCGUCAAUGGCGCUGGCCCUCGCCAUCUUCUUCCUUGAAGGAUGCCCUAAGGCUGUUCAAGAACUCCGGGAGGAGCAUCUGGAGAUUGCUAGGAGACAAAGGCAAAGAGGGGCGUCCAAAUUGAGCUGGGAAGACUACAAGGAAAUGGUUUUCACGCAAUGUGUUAUAAACGAGACAUUGCGGCUUGGGAACGUGGUCAGGUUCCUGCACCGGAAGGUCAUCCGAGAUGUGCACUACAAUGGGUACGACAUACCACGGGGGUGGAAAAUCCUGCCGGUGUUAGCGGCGGUGCAUCUGGAUUCGUCGUUGUACGAGGACCCCAACCGGUUCAACCCUUGGAGAUGGAAGAGCAACGCGCCGAGCAGCUUCAUGCCGUACGGCGGCGGGCCGCGGCUGUGCGCCGGGUCGGAGCUGGCCAAGCUGGAGAUCGCCAUCUUCCUGCACCACCUGGUGCUCAACUUCCGGUGGGAGAUGGCGGAGCCGGACCAGGCCUUCGUCUACCCCUUUGUCGACUUCCCCAAGGGCCUCCCGAUCAGGGUCCAGCGGAUCGCCGACGACCAAGGGCAUCGUAGCGUUUUGACCGAGAGCACAAUGUAG